GUUGUUGUUUUUUUUUUUUUGUAUAAUGAGAUCUCAAACGGAUGCCUUUUUGCACAGGUGCCAGGCCUCCUGUCCGGCCUUCACUCUUGUCAUCGUCUGACCGAGACGCUGUGACGGCGCCAACAUGGUUCGGUGGUUCCACAGAGACAUCACAGGCCUGCAGGCCGAAGACUUGCUGAAGACUCAGGGCAUCUCCGGCAGCUUUCUGGCCCGACCCAGCAAAAAGAACGUGGGCGACUUCUCUCUAUCUGUCAGGGUGGGCGAGCAGGUGACCCACAUCCGCAUCCAAAACACGGGGGACUACUACGACCUCUACGGCGGGGAGAAGUUUGCCACGCUCUCCGAACUGGUGGAGUACUACACGGCCGACAACGGCAUCCUGCAGGACAAGGACGGCACCGUCAUCGAGCUCAAAUACCCGCUCAACUGUUCCGACCCCACCACCGAGAGGUGGUAUCACGGCCACCUGUCGGGUCCAAACGCGGAGAAGAUGCUGAUCGCUCGCGACGAGUCGGGCACCUUCCUGGUCAGAGAGUCGCUUUCCAAACCGGGAGAUUUCGUCCUGUCGGUUCUGACGGACGAGCGCGGCAAAACGGGCGCGAGGAGAGUGUCGCACAUCAAGAUCAUGUGUCAGAAUGAGUGGUACACCGUGGGAGGCUCGGACAUGUUCGACACGCUCAGCGACUUGGUGGAUUUCUACAAACGGAAAGGCAUCGAGGAGAUUUCGGGGAACUGGGUGCACCUCAAACAACCUUAUUACUCCACCAGAGUGAACGCGGCCGACAUCGACAGUCGAGUGAAAGAAUUGGAUCAGACUACGCUCAUGAAGCAGGAGGCCGAAGGCGGGAAAAUCAAGGCGGGCUUCUGGGAGGAGUUUGAUGCUCUUCAAAAGUUGGAGGCAAAAGUGAAAAAGAGUCGCGAGGAAGGCCAGAGACCAGAGAACAAGUCCAAAAACAGAUACAAGAAUAUUCUUCCUUUCAAUGACACCAGAGUGACCCUGCAGGAUGCCGACCCCAACGCGGUGGGCUCCGAUUACAUCAACGCCAACUACAUGCGAAACACCUUGUGGGAGUCGGAGAAUCCGAAAGUUUAUAUUGCCACUCAGGGUUGCCUGGCAACGACGGUCAACGACUUCUGGCAAAUGGUGUGGCAGGAGAACACCAGGGUCAUCGUCAUGACGACGAGGGAGGUGGAAAAAGGGCGGAAUAAAUGUGUGCCGUACUGGCCCGAUAGCCCGGGCACCAAGGAGGUGGGCCGCUACGUGGUGACCUCCAAAUCGGACUGGGAAGCGACCGAUUACAAAGUCAGAGUGCUGGAAAUAGCACCCGUGAACAAGCCCAAGCACUCCCGCACCGUCUGGCACUACCAGUACCUGAGCUGGCCCGACCACGGCGUCCCGCAGGAGCCCGGCGGCGUCCUCAGCUUCCUCACACAAGUCAACGCCAAACAAGCGGAAUAUCCGAAUGCUGGCCCCAUGGUCAUCCACUGCAGCGCUGGAAUUGGUCGGACGGGCACCAUUGUUGUGAUUGACAUGAUCAUUGAGACAAUUGACACAAUAGGUCUAAACUGUGACAUCGACAUCUCCAAGUACAUCCAGAUGGUGCGCGAGCAGCGCUCCGGCAUGGUCCAGACCGAGGCCCAGUACAAGUUCAUCUACCUGUCCGUUUCCGAGUACAUCCAGACCACCAAGGCCAAAGAUGGCGCCUACAUGGAGCUUGAAACGGAGUAUGAAAAUCUGCAGCUCAAACACCCGCCGGGGAGCAAGAGCGUUGCCAAAAGCAAAGAGUCCGACGUGUACGAGAACCUGAGCAAAGCCAGGAAAGACAAGAAGAAGCCCAAGUCAGACAAGAAAAGUGGCUCGCUCAAGAAAAAAUAAUUGUUUUGGGGUGUUUUUUUGGGGGGGGGGUACAUUGUAAAGUCAUCCUGUGUUAUUUAUGUGGGCCCACUUUCACAACACAAACAUCAAGUCUAAUUUCUGUACGACGACCAGACCGCAGCGUACUGAAAAUGAAAAGGAGUUCAGUACAACUAAAGUUGACUCAACUUUGGGACACGGGCUCUUGUGCUUGAUUGACACUUGGACCAGCUUCUCAAAUCUUCACACGUACAAUAAAAAUGAACAGUUCAAGUCACAA